AUGUCCAGAAAAGAAGAAAGACAUUUUACCCCCAGCCCACAUGUCCAGAAAAAAUUAAGACAAUUUAUCCCCAGCCCACAUGUCCAGAAAAAAAGAAGACAUUUUACCCCCAGCCCACAUGUCCAGAAAAGAAGAAAGACAUUUUACCCCCAGCCCACAUGUCCAGAAAAGAAGAAGACACUUUUACCCCCAGCCCACAUGUCCAGAAAAGAAGAAGACACUUUUACCCCCCAGCCCACAUGUCCAGAAAAGAAGAAAGACAUUUUACCCCCAGCCCACAUGUCCAGAAAAGAAGAAGACACUUUUACCUCCCAGCCCACAUGUCCAGAAAAGAAGAAGACACUUUUACCCCCCAGCCCACAAGUCCAGAAAAGAAGACACUUUUACCCCCAGCCCUCAUGUCCAGAAAAGAAGAAGACACUUUUACCCCCCAGCCCACAUGUCCAGAAAAGCAGAAGACACUUUUACCCCCAGCCCACAUGUCCAGAAAAGAAGAAGACACUUUUACCCCCCAGCCCACAUGUCCAGAAAAGAAGAAGACACUUUUACCCCCCAGCCCACAUGUCCAGAAAAGAAGAAGACACUUUUACCCCCGCCCACAAGUCCAGAAAAGAAGAAGACACUUUUACCCCCAGCCCACAUGUCCAGAAAAGAAGAAGACACUUUUACCCCCCAGCCCACAUGUCCAGAAAAGAAGAAGACACUUUUACCCCCCAGCCCACAUGUCCAGAAAAGAAGAAGACACUUUUACCCCCAGCCCACAUGUCCAGAAAAGAAGAAGACACUUUUACCCCCAGCCCACAUGUCCAGAAAAGAAGAAGACACUUUUACCCCCCAGGCCACAUGUCCAGAAAAGAAGAAGACACUUUUACCCCCCAGGCCACAUGUCCAGAAAAGAAGAAGACACUUUUACCCCCCAUCCCACAUGUCCAGAAAAGAAGAAGACACUUUUACCCUCUAGCCCACAUGUCCAGAAAAGAAGAAGACACUUUUACCCCCCAGCCCACAUGUCCAGAAAAGAAGAAGACACUUUUACCCCCAGCCCACAUGUCCAGAAAAGCAGAAGACACUUUUACCCCCGCCCAAAAGUCCAGAAAAGAAGAAGACACUUUUACCCCCAAGCCCACAUGUUCGGAAAAAGAGAUUGCAAUCGAGCGAACUGAGCAUGCUCGAGCUGGCCUGGGUAAUGUUUUGUCAGCUGAUUACACACACACACACUUACCCAUAUCCGCGUGA